AUGGCCACAUUGACUUUGUAUAACGACCUGCAGUCCCACCGCGCAGAUAUCCUCAAGCAUCUGGGUCAGAUGCUCCAGGAUGUAGAAGCCCUGAAAAAGGGAUUGUUCCCAACUCCUGAGCUUCAAAAUCUUGGGUUCCGACCGAGGCAAAUUGAUCUCGAAGAUGAGUUGGACUUUUCACCGUGCUUCUUCAAACCCCUCGUGGCAUCUAUCAUCGACGAGUAUCCGUUGGCAGAUAAUGGCCUGGGCUCGAUGGCAGGCGAACAUUUCACGCCUCAAGAAGAGAGUACACUGGAAGUGACUCGAGGGUUGUUUGAACAGGUUCAGGGCCUUGUUAUAGAACCCCGCGAGGGCCUUUAUCUGGUUCCGGAUAAGUACCCCUGGGGGCUGGAUUAUUUUGCUUCCUUGCAACGUGUUCACGCCGAUCGCGAUCGACGAGACCCACGAGAUGAUCUGGAGCUGGAGCAGACGUCAGGGCCCUGGUACUGGGAGUCCGGGGAAGAAUAUGGGAGUCCUGACUACCCUCACAUAGUGGUUUGCAUGUUCCACGAUUUGGACGGAACGGACCAGGCUCUUGCGAUUGGAGAACUUCAGGCCAUUUUAAAAGUGCUCCAGUUCCGGUACAAGCGCCGAGAUUACAUCUUCCAUUCUAUCAUGCCACACGGCAGGAUUCUACAGGCCCACUACGAUGGCGAGAGCAAGAACAUAGUGGUUCAGUAUUCUCCGCUUAUGAGCUUUGAGGUAGAAUCCCAAGGGGAUGAAGCUGCACCCGUGCGUCUUUUUGCCAGGUAUGAGGUGAGCCGUCCUGUAGGCUCGACUAUCAAGGAGGACUGA